CCUGGUUGGUGGACAAGUUCCCACAAGCCUUCAAGACCUCAUCGACUGACUAACUAACUGCACGUACAUACCCACGAUCAGACUAACUUUGCCCAUCGCCACGACGGCUUGACGUGCCAAGGAAUCUCUCCCUGGCAGAACUCGUUUAAAAACCUCCCUCACAGUGUCGAAAACAUGUGUAUUAGUUCGAGGCUCCAGGGAAAUCUACAUAUAGGUACCCCCCGCCCGCACGUACGAGUCCGAGUUGGGCGUUUUCCCUUCGCAUCCGACUCUCCGUGCUGCUUCCACUUCUGCUGCUCGGCCCCCCGCUGCCAGCGUCAUGUCUAUUGACUAUGAGGAACAAAUGAUAAUACAUAACAGCAUCGGCUUCGCAGCCCUCUCUUUUCUUCUCUACGACCACCUCAUUACGUUGGCGGAAGAGGUCGCGUAUAUAUGGGCACGUCCGAAGCGUGCAUCCGCGAUUUUAUUCCUCGUCAACCGGUAUCUCGGGUGUUUCUCAACAAUCGCACAGGCAGUGAUGUUACUUGCCGUUAUGUCACCAGAGGUUCGGCUUAUCUGGCCCUCGUGUUUCUGUCCUGUCUUAUUCGAAUAUCUCGCAAUUUCUUUGUCCUCAGAGGUAUGGGUUGAUGACGUUGCAACGUGUGUCCAGUACAUCCACUACCGUCAAGUGUUGCUCUUCGUGAAUCAAACCAUCGUGUGUAUACUUUUCAUGAUUCGCACGUAUGCGCUCUACGGUAGAAGCAAACGCCUCCUUGUUUUUUUUCUCCUCACCUCUCUCGCUCUGGCAUCCCCAGUAGUUUGGUCCCUUGUAGGUCAGCAAGCGACAUCGGCAACCAACGUACCUGGCUGUCAGAUGAUUUACAACACCAACACUGCCAUCCAUCUCGCUGUACCUUACGAAGCGCUAUGUGUAUUUGACACACUGAUAUUUGGGUUGACAGCGUAUAAGACGUUCGAUGUCGGUGUACGAUCCAAUGCACACUCGAAACCCAACUUGGUUAUGCUUCUCUUUCGCGAUGGUGCAAUAUACUUCGCACUCAUGCUCAACCUCCAUAAAACCACUGACACUGGGAUCUUCUCAUCACAUAGACAGCACCUCACCGGUGGCCGUGGUGGCACGAUAUUCACGUCCCAGGUCUUAGGGCCUGAUCAAGGAUGGGAUCUACCGACAGUAACGGAUUAA